GAAUCCUCAAACCCUAAACGUUUCACUUGGAAUUCGGUGCUUUGGAUUAUUCGAAGCAUCCUAACGAUAACAACACAAUUAAGAUGCUUCUGCAUCUUCCUUUUGCCUUCGCGAAUCUUGUUUAAAAACACGCCAUUCAUAUUCAUUUGAUGAUUAGUAUUCUCCCUUUUUAAUCUUUCAAUUUAGCGGUUCUGUAUUAUUAGUGUAACCUCGGAACAAGAACAAGAACAAGAACAAGAAGCUUCAAAUUUCGCAAUAUUGUAAAUUCUUUUCGUAUGCCCAUCAACACUUCAAAUUCUAACAAAGAAGGCCAAGAGACACCGGAUUAAGCACGCAGAAGCUUUCAUUAUAUAUAACCCAAUCCUGCAAAUGCCCCCUGUCUCCCUGGUAAGCUCCCGAGCUCAAUGUAUUGUGGGUAAUUAUUUUUUGUUGUUUUUUUUCAUUUGGGUGUUUGGGUUUUUUUGAAAUGCUCGCUGAAUUUCUGGGCUGCUCAGAUUCUUUAAGUAUUUUGUAAAGACAUGUCGAACGAAAACAGACGGUAUGGAAUUGGGUAUGCCUUGGCACCCAAGAAGAAGAACAGUUUUAUUCAGCAUUCAUUGGUUGAGCUUGCCAGGCAACGAGGCAUUGACCUAAUUUGUAUUGAUAAUGAAAAGCCCUUAAUAGAUCAAGGUCCCUUUGAUUGUAUUCUGCACAAGCUUCCUGGUGAGGAUUGGAAAAAACAGUUGAAUGACUACACGUUGAGAUACCCAGAUGUGUUCAUUAUUGAUAAGCCCGAGGCUAUUGAGAGGCUGCACAAUCGGAUCUCCAUGCUGCAAGUGGUUUCUGAACUUAGUAUUAUUAAGCAGGAGGAUGAGGACGAGACAUAUGGAAUACCCAAGCAAACUGUGGUUUAUAAGGCUGAGGCUCUGAGUGAUUGUGAGACCUUGGCAGGGUUAAAUUUUCCUGUUAUUGCCAAACCCUUGGUUGCUGAUGGGAGUGUCAAGUCACAUAAAAUGUCUCUUGUGUACAAUUCUGAGGGCCUGCUUAAGCUGAAGCCUCCACUUGUGCUGCAGGAGUUUGUUAACCACGGAGGGGUUAUCUUUAAGGUGUAUGUUGUGGGAGAUUAUGUGAAGUGUGUGAAGAGGAAGUCGUUGCCUGAUGUGCCAGAAGAGAAAUUGGGGAGUUCGGAGGGCCCGAUGCCAUUUUGUCAUGUGUCUAAUGUGACCCAAGAUCAUAAAAAUGAGAUGUAUUAUGAGGUUAUGCAGUUGGAGGAUGCUGAAUUGCCACCAGCAAGAUUUGUUGCAAAGAUUGCUGGGAGCUUGAGAAGGGCAUUGGGAUUGCAUUUGUUUAAUUUUGAUGUUAUCAGGGACACCAAGGUUGGGAAUCAUUACCUUGUGAUUGAUAUCAAUUACUUUCCUGGUUAUGCAAAGAUGCCGGCUUAUGAGUCAGUGUUGACAGAUUUCUUCUGGAAUAUUUUUCAUGACAAGAAGAGGUUGGAGGGCAAUGGAAUUGAAGAUGGUAAUUCGGAUUGUGCAUGGUCUGUUAGUGGCAAGGAUGAAAAUGAUGUUGACCAGUGCACUGGUGCGCCUGUGACCUUGGAGAAAGCGAGGGAUGCUUCAAUAGGAACAUUGGACAAAAAAGGGGAUAUGUUGGGUGCAACCUGUGAUAAAUCAGGGUACACUGUGGGGAAAGCCUUGCUCAAAGCAAACGAAUCUUCAAAAGAAACAUUGGUCAAAGCAGAGGAUAUUUCAAACAUCAGUGAUGAAGGAUUUCCUAACAUUAAUACUGAUAGCAAUGCGUCUUCCCAAUAAGAAAGACUGUAUCUCUGCUGGUACCAGCGAUCAAGUUGAAGGGAUGACUUGAUGCUACACGCAAUGGAUGUGGCAAUCAUUUGUCUGUUUUAUAUCAUUACCAUCGAAGCAAUUUGAGAAAUUCUAAUUCAUUGUUUGAGAGCUUCUGAAGGUCAUUUUUCAUCUUCCAAUGCCUAGAGGAAGAAAUAAGCAAGUAUUUCUACCUUGUAAACUGUAUUUGCCGUGUUGAUGGAUGUAAAAAUGUAUGACAUUCAAUCAAAGGAAGUCUUGCCAUUUUUGACCA